AUGUACCAACUUAGACAAUUUGCAACAACCGUGUCGCGCUGGAUCAAAAAGGACGCAGCAGAAGAUUUAUAUAAGGGGGUCGCUGGCCUGACUAUCGAUUCCGUGAAGCCCUCUGGCCGCAAGAAGAAGAAGAAGAAGGCCCGGCUUGUCACUCGGUGGAAGGCCUAUAUCCGAGGCGGGACCCUGCAAGACUUCCAGCGUCUCUGCGUCGAUCUCGGCCUCUCCAGUAGCCUUGAUACCAAAGAGAAGUGCCACGAUGCGAUCAAGAGUGUGAACGUCAACAUCGGACAAUUUCUAAAGAGCAAGAACAAGCCCGACGACGUCAAGUUCUUCGAGGACAAACGUGCAUUGGUCAAAUACACGGCGGAGACCGAUUCCUUUUACCCAAAGAACAAACUCCCCAAGGGCGACCCGCUUAGAGCAUUGCUGAAGCACAUGUUUGGAUGA